UGCUCUCUGUUCCUGCCCGGGAUGAACGCAUCUUUGUUUCCCUCCUGGAAUCUGAAACUGGUUCGCACCUUCACGCGGCUCCUGCGCGAGCUGGACCUGUCCGGCCGCUGAACACAAGCCAGGGAACAAAAGGGAAAAAAGUUCAGUUCGUAAAGAAAUAUAUAGAUUUUAAUCGCAUGAAAAGUUAAAGGAGUGCCAUGGCCGCCCCCCUCGGGACUGUUCUCUGGAUGCUUGUCUUGUUUCCAGCAGGAACAUGUAACGCUGAUGCAAGUCUAUCGGUGGAUACAGACGUUCAGGCCGGAGCUCAGAGUGGAGCUGCUCCCACAGCUGAAGGUUACUUCUUAGAGUUCCAGGAGCCGCUCAACAACAUCACUCACUUCCAAGGCCAGACUGCCACGCUGCAUUGCAAAGUUGCAGGAAAUCCUAGACCGUCAGUCCGUUGGCUGAAGAAUGAUGCCCCUGUGGUUCAGGAACAGGGACGCAUAACCAUUCGUAAGACAGAGACUGGAUCAAAACUCCGCAUCCAGGACCUGGACACAACAGACACGGGCUAUUAUCAGUGUGUUGCCUCCAACUUACUGAAAGUCAUCUCUGCUACAGGUGUUCUUUAUGUCAAGCUAGGACAGAUGCCCACCAAAGAGCCAGUUGAACCAUCAAGUAAAAAAGGUUUCUGUCAGCCAUAUAGAGGGAUUGCCUGUGCCCGAUUCAUUGGUAACCAGAGCAUCUACGUGGAGUCUUUACAGACGCAGGGAGACAGUGAAAAUCGGAUCACCGCUGCCUUCACUAUGAUCGGCACCUCCACCCACCUAUCAGAUCAGUGCUCCAAGUUCGCCAUCCCAUCCUUCUGCUACUUUGUCUUCCCGCUGUGCGAUGAGGGUCCUAAAGGCCCUCGGCGGCGUCAGCUCUGUAGAGAUGAGUGUGAAGCCCUGGAGAACAACCUCUGCUAUCAUGAGUACAGCGUUGCCCGAUCCAAUCCCAUGAUCCUCAUGCAGCUUGAGCUCCCCAGCUGCCACCUGCUGCCAAAAACAGGCACACCGGAUGCUGCGACCUGCAUACGGCUGGGAGUGCCACCAGAAAAACUGGGUUCCUAUUAUCCUUCAGAGCAAAGCUGCUACAAUGGAAGUGGGGCUGACUACAGAGGAACAGUGGCCAUCACUAAGUCUGGGAACCACUGCCAGCCGUGGAGCGCACAGUUUCCUCACAGUCACCAUCUGUCCCAGGAGUACCCCGAGCUCUGGGGAAGUCACAACUUCUGCCGAAACCCAGGAGGCCAGAUGGAGGCGCCAUGGUGUUUCACUCUAAAUCCUGAGGUCAGACUAGACCUGUGUGACGUCGAGCCUUGCAUGCCUCCAGAAAGCCCAAGGAAGGAGAUCUUGUUUAUUUUAAUCCCUGCUGUUUCCAUUCCCCUGGUCAUUGCUGGCUUCUUUUACCUGGUUUGCAAGUGUCGAAAUAAACAAAAGGCUUCAACAGGGACACCGCCGCGCUGCCAGACAAACAUCUCACCCAACCAGGACAUAGAGCUGUCUCUUCUCAAUCAACAGAAACAGCAGCUGCCAGCCAAGCUCCGGGAGAUCCACAUGUCAGCUGUGAGGUUUAUGGAAGCCCUUGGUGAAGAUCGGUAUGGCACAGUCUACAAGGGGCAUUUAUACGGCACAGUUCCUGGUGAACAGACCCAAAUGGUGGCCAUCAAGACUCUAAAGGACAAAGCUGAUGCCACUCUGUUUGAAGAAUUCCGCCAAGAAACCAUGAUUCGUUUUCAACUGCAGCACCAAAAUAUUGUUAGCUUGAUCGGUGUGGUCACCAAAGAACAGCCAAACAGCAUGAUAUUUACCUAUUCCAGUCUUGGCGACCUGCAUGAGUUUCUUGUGAUGCGCUCCCCUAACUCAGACGUGGGCAGUUCAGACGAUGGUAAAACAACUAAGUCCACACUAGAACAGGCUGAUUUCCUCCACAUUAUCACUCAGAUCGCCGCUGGAAUGGAGUACCUUUCUAGCAACCAAGUGGUCCAUAAAGACCUUGCAGCUCGAAACAUUCUGGUCUUUGACAAACUCAGCGUCAAGAUUCUGGAUCUGGGUCUAUUCAGAGAUGUUUACUCUGCUGAUUACUACAAUCUCAUGGGAACAAGCCCUUUCCCUAUCCGCUGGAUGUCUCCAGAGGCCAUUAUGUACGGAAAGUUCUCCACUGAUUCUGACAUCUGGUCUUACGGCAUUUUGCUGUGGGAGACAUUUAGCUAUGGUCUUCAGCCGUAUUGUGGCUACUCCAACCAGGAUGUGAUUGAGAUGGUUCGCAGCCACCAGCUGUUGUUGUGUCCAGAUGACUGCCCGGCUUGGAUUUUCACCCUCAUGUUGGAGUGCUGGAGCGAGCUGCCAGCAAGAAGGCCUCGCUUCAAAGAUAUUCACUCACGCCUGCGCUCCUGGGACAGUCUGUCCGUUUAUAAUGGCCCUGCCCAGACGUCUGGGACCAGCAACACUACCCAAACCAGUUCACUCAGUACCAGCCCUGUUAGCAACGUUAGCAUGAGCACAACAAACGCAUCGCGUUACACCAGCCCCAAAAAGAGCUCACAAUUCAAUCAGCCCCAGUUUAUGUCAAUUAAGGGUCAAAUGCACCGGCCAAUAAUGUCUCCCCAGCUCUUCAUCCCUGUCAAUGGAUACCAUCCUUUGCCAGCUUAUCCAUACCUGCAGAACUUUUACCCCAUGCAAAUACCAAUGGCAAUGCCCCAGCAGCAGAUGCACCACCCACCACAAGUUAACAAAGCCGGUUCUCACCACAGUGGCAGUGGUUCCACCUCUACAGGUUACGCCACCACCAUCCCUUCCAACACCUCAAUCACAGAGCGAUCUGCGUUACUAAAUGACGACUCCAAAGCCAACCAUGAAGACUUGGCUGGCAGGGGAUCUCAAGAAGAGCCAGUUCAGAACCAAGGCUUUUCAGUGACUGAAACAGAACUGCCCGGUGGCGAUGUGAAUCCUCAAACAGACGAACAGAUAAACAGAUCAUCCGACACAUGAGCGUGGCGCUGUUUAAAGGACAGUAGAGCUGAGCUUUUACUGAUCAGCAGAAGAUGAAGGGAACAAUAUAGCAGAAGACUGUUGAAUGUUUUUUUUUUUUCAUAUUUUUGAUAGUACUGAUGCACUUCACUAUCAAGUAUAUUGUGUGUUUUUUAACCUGUCACACCUCCUGUUUUAAUUUGUCUUUUAUAAUCCCUGUUUUCUAAAGUAUUACUAAAGUUUUUUUUAUUUACUACAACCAAGUUUGUCUUGUUUUGAUAAAUUUAAACUUUUUUUCAUGUUUUACCCUUCAUAAUGUCAGCUGUUAAUUUUCACCGUUAAUCGAGGUACUGAAAGUUUGGAAUCUAUUUACCCAAUACUCAUUCUUCUUAAAUGCAUGUCAUAUUUUUCAGAGCAUGUUGACCUUUUUUAUUAAAGGAUUGUUGUUUCAAACAGACACUAUGUGCAAAUAAUAAUUCCAAACUUUUAUAUUACAAACUCACAAAGGAUUUAUCUUCACUGUGGAACAAGUUUUGUGUUCACCCUUUUUUUUUUUUUUUUUUACCUCUUUUUGAAUUUUGUUGUUGGGUUAAAAUGUUUUGAUAUGUAAAUACCAAAUAACCGCAUACCAGAAUAAAAAGUGAAUGAUGACAAACUA